UUGACAUCUUACAAAAAAAUCUCACAUCAUAUUUUUAAAUAUUUUUAGUAAUGAUAGGCAAUGAUAAAGAUCUAUUGAAACUGAUAAUAAGAUCUAAUACUGUAUCUCUUGAUGAAUCAGGAUUCGCAGAAAAUGUCUUAAUGUAUAACACCAAACCAAAGAUUAUGACAGAUAUAAUUUUGGAAAGUUAUCCAAACUUUUUAGAAGAUAAUGAAGAUAUAGAGAGUUUUAGAUCUUUAGAAAUUAACAAUAUCGGAAAAGGUAGAUUUUCUUAUAAACAAAUUUGUCAGACAGAGUUAUUAAAUAAUAAUUGCAAACCUCAGCAAAAAACAAUUAAUCUAAGGUUUCCAGAAACGAGUAAUACUGAUAAUCUUUUUCCACUAAUUCUUAAUAAUAUACCUAUAUCAACCUCCCUUAUAUCUCAGCAAUUAAUAAAUUACAAUGAAAACACCUUGCCAUUUAAAAAAUUCUCUCUUUUGGAUGCUGAUUUUAAUCUGGCAAGUAUAGAUGUUUUAAAACAUUUUCAAAUAUUUUUUCAUUUACAAAAUUUAUCAAACAAACCUCAGCAUAUCUUUGUAACUAUCAAAGAAACUGCCCUUAUAAGUGAUUUGAUUGGAUUAGCAUGUUGGAAAUAUACAAUUUUGGGAAUAGAACCUAAAUUAAAGUAUCAGGAUAUUAAUCAUUACGGUUUAUUCAUUACAGAGGACGAUACUUUAGGCAACAUUGAUCAUGACUUUCCAAUUUCUGAACACAAUAUGCCAUUACAUAAAUUUGGUUUCAAAUCCCUGGCAAUACUUGAAAGCGCUUAUGACUCUUAGAUUAUAAUGAUAUAUUUUAUUUAUUAUUCCUUUGGAGUUUUAAGCCACUUUUUGUGUUGAAUCAAAAAAAAAAUUCAAUCCUUUUUCUGAAUUUCUUUAACAUAUUUAUAGUUUUUUUUAUUUACAGAUUUUCAAUAAUUAUUAUAAUGGAUUUCUCAUUUUUUUUUAUUAUGACAAUG